AUGGCCAGACCAUUGAUUUUGCCGUUGCAAUGGCGUCAAUUACAUCAAGCUCUCUCCCACAAAGCCCACUUGCGACACGGCGCGCAAGCUUGCACUCGAGUUGUCACCAAUAGCAACACAACUACAUUGAAACGGCCCUUCCACACCACCCAAACUCGAUCAGCUAUCCGGCCUUCUCGCAAAGCACCAUCUGUUCGAAAACAACCGACGAACGGACAAUUUGAGAAUGUCUUCGAAGGCCCAGGUGGAUUAAAAUUGGACCGUGACGGGUUUUGGAAUGCUUUUUGUGGUAAACAUGUUGAACCAACACUGGCUGAGUUUAAGCAAUUCACACGCCAAUUGUAUGAGCGUUCUAGUCGCAUCAUACCGCCGGGUGUCAACCUGGCGACGUUCGCGUCCGUGGGUGAACAGUUGAUUAGGCUAUCGCACUCGCAGCUCCCUUCCGCGAGUCUUGUUCGGAGUAUCUCAGUAGAUGUCGACGCCGUUUAUCGAAUCUCGUUGGUUCUUGGAGAGCUUCAAACGGGCCGCUACAUCUAUCAAUGGACGUUGACCUCCUGCGCAAAAGCAAAUUCGCGCCGAGCCAUGGUCGACCUCGUGAGCCGGUAUAUGGAAACAAAAAAUGUGGACAUUUACCGAGACAACGAGUGCAUAGCGCGGGUCAGAGAUUUGGCCCUCAAAGACGAAUUCCCUCAUGCGAUUAUGCUAUAUGCCAAACUGCUUAUCUGGCGCGGUGAAAAAACACAAGCCGCCCGGCUUCUGGAGCAGAAGAUUCUACCAUAUCUGCAACCCACUAGGAUACGCCCUCCCCACUGGGAGGAUAUCAUGUUAUUGGAUAGCUUUGAUUCGCCCUGGCGGAUGUACGCUGUUGCCGUUGAGCAGGAACGGGGUCUUGAGGGUAUCCAGAGUGCCACGCGUCGAGCCGCCUUGGAAUUCCACGACCCAGUCGCCAUGACUGACUACGCCGUCACCUUGUUGGAAACGGAGGCUCCUGACAAAUACGAGACGUACGAGACGUACGUGGCCGCCGCUGCAUUAUUGGGACAUACUCCAGCCUGCUUUUACCUUGCCAAUCUCUAUUACCGUAUCUCCCAAGGUGAAUUUACCACUGAAGCAGAGAGAAGCGCCAAGGAUAGGGAAGAGGCCAAUGCCGCGCGCAGUGCUUGGCUGAGACCAUUCGAGCCCAUAGCAAAUUGGGUCUACACGAUGUUCAACCAACCUAUGGACCGGAAGACAUACCGCAUGCUCGCGAUGGACUGGUACGAGCUUGCGUUUGAUAAGGGAAACAACGAGGCUGGGUAUAUCCUGGCCAUGCUCUUACGCGAGGAUGGCGAUAUGGAGAAGAGCCGUGAGAUGUACAAGCUUACUGCUAAAAUGGGUCUUCCAACCUCGUUGUCGAGGAAAAGCCUGGUGGAGAUGAGGGAUAAAUGGGAAGAUCGGACAUUCAACCCUGGUCUACCUCCUAAGCUCUUGAGGCUUACUUAA